GUGCACUUUUAAAUUUCUGACCGUGUGACUAGACUGUCCCAGGAUGCCUUCUUUUACGAACGGUGGGAGUGCCGAAUCGGAUACAUUUUUGUUCACUUCCGAGUCUGUUGGUGAAGGACAUCCAGACAAAGUUUGUGAUCAGAUAAGUGAUGCCAUACUUGAUGAGUUUCUGCGCCAGGAUCCUGAGGCUAAAGUAGCAUGUGAAUCCUUUGUAAAAAGUGGACUUAUUCUUGUUGGGGGCGAAAUCUCGUCGAACGCUGUAGUUGACAUACAGAAAACUGUCCGCGAUGUUGUGAAGCAUAUCGGUUACGAUGAUACUCACAAGGGUUUGGAUUAUAAGAAUUGCAAUGUCUUAACAGUAAUUGAGCAACAAAGUGCAGAUAUCGCGAAGGGUGUACAUGAAGGACGAAAAAUUGAAGAUAUUGGUGCUGGAGACCAAGGAUUAAUGUUUGGUUAUGCAACUGACGAAACUGAAGAAUGUAUGCCCUUAACAGUUACCCUAUCACACGCUUUAAAUAAACGCAUAGCCACAUGUAGGCGUAAUGGUAUUUUGCCGUGGGCGGGUCCUGAUUCAAAGACUCAAGUGACCGUAGAGUAUUUAAAUGAUCAUGGAGCUUGUCGACCUUUACGAGUACAUACAGUGGUCAUUUCUACACAACAUGAUGAACAUGUAACUUUGGAAAAAGUUCGAGCUGAUUUAAUGGAAUAUGUUAUUAAAGAAGUAAUUCCUACAAAUCUCUUAGAUGAAAAAACUAAAUAUCAUCUAAAUCCAGCUGGAAGAUUUGUAAUUGGUGGUCCUCAAAGUGAUGCUGGUUUAACUGGCAGAAAAAUCAUUGUAGACACAUACGGAGGCUGGGGUGCACAUGGUGGCGGGGCGUUUUCUGGGAAAGAUUAUUCCAAAGUUGAUCGAUCCGCAGCUUAUGCAGCACGUUGGGUGGCUAAAUCCCUUGUAAAAUCUGGCCUUUGUCGCCGUGUCCUAGUUCAGCUCUCGUACGCUAUCGGGAUUGCAGAACCGUUGGCUAUUAAUGUAAACAGUUAUGGGACUGCAAAGAUUAGCGAUAAGAAAUUAUUGGAUAUUAUUGUGAAUAAUUUCGAUCUACGUCCUGGAGUAAUAGUCAAAGACUUAGAUCUCCGAACACCUCGUUAUUUACAAACUGCUGUUUAUGGUCACUUUGGUCGACCGGAAUUCCCAUGGGAACAAUGUAAAAAGUUAACAUUCUAACCUGUGAAAGAUCAAGGCAUCCGUUUUUUGUUGAAAACCCAAUCGUGAAUAUAUUUAUAUAUAUAUAAUAAAUCGGCGACAUAUAUUCUGUCUGUUUACUACUUUACGUAAUUUUGCAUUUGCUAGUCACAUCCUUUUUAAUCACCUAUUACUUCCCCCCCACUCCACUCUUCUACUCUCUAAAGUGUCCUCUUAUAUUUAUAUAUCGCAUCACGGAAUUGAAUCGUUCAUUAGUGUAUUUAAAAUAAUGAUUGUCAUUCCUUGGUUAUGUUGUAUGACUGUUUUUAAAAAAAAAUUAAAAUUGUAGAAGUGAUUGUUUCACUGUGGUGGUGGUGCUGGUACUGUGGUCCAUUUAGUUUCAAGUGUAGUUUGUUUAUUCUGAGGAGAAAGUAAAUAAGCAGUUACAUAAUGCAUGUGUGUACGUGAAGUGCUAAAUCUUUAACGAAUGAACAAAUUUACAACUUUCUAUUGAUAGUCAAACCGUAGCUGCCACUUUGAUAUGAUGGUCAUCCUUGCCUGUCGUCGUAAUCCCGUAGAGUUCAUAACACACUUCCUAGGAUUCUAAAAUUAGAACGGAAUAUCUAUCCCAUAACUCCUCGU